AUGCGUAGACGUAGGAACGAAGUGACAGUGGAACUUAGAAAGAACAAAAGAGAAGAAACAUUACAAAAACGUCGCAAUGUCCCCGUUAGCUAUUCAACAGACGAAGAUGAUAUCGAUAGAACGCUGGCAUCCACGGAUCUCGAGGAGCUGGUGAUGAAAGCGGCCAAUGCAGAGAACCCAGAAGAGCAACUAGCCGCGGUUCAACAGUGUAGAAAGCUUCUGUCCUCCGAUAAGAAUCCACCCAUAGACAGUUUGAUAACGACGGGAAUCUUACCUAUACUUGUUCAGUGCCUUUCUAGAACGGAUAACCCGACACUACAGUUCGAGGCGGCCUGGGCCCUCACGAACAUCGCGUCAGGAACGUCCGCGCAAACCAACAAAGUGGUUCACGCGGGAGCAGUGCCUCUAUUUUUACAAUUGCUCAUGUCUCCUCAUGAGAAUGUGUGUGAGCAAGUUGUGUGUGCCCUGGGUAACAUCAUCGGAGACGGGCUAGUCCUGAGAGACUAUGUUGUUGAACUAGGUGUUGUGAAGCCCUUACUCAGCCUUAUAAAGCCCGGCAUCCCCAUUACCUUCCUGCGCAAUGUUACAUGGGUCAUUGUCAACGUCUGUAGGAUUAAGGAUCCUCCCCUGCCCGUCGAGACCAUUCGGGAAAUAUUGCCAGCACUUAAUGAACUUAUCACUCACACAGAUGUAAACGUGCUAGUAGACACAGUAUGGGCCAUCAGUUAUCUUACGGACGGAGGCUAUGAUCAGAUACAGAUGAUCAUAGAGUCUGGUAUAGUUCCAAAGCUAAUUCCCCUGUUGUCACACAAGGAGGUGAAGACUCAUGAUACUAUGAUAUACUUAUUGAUGGAUUAUCAUGAGCUCUUGAACCUAGAGUAA